AUGGAGAUUCAACAAGAUCCCAUAGGAGAACUAAAGACAAGACCACCUGAGCUUAGCUCUUCUCCCGUAUUGAGACAACGAAGUAAGAACACGUACACACAUCCGCUCGGAAACCUGCGCGUGUCGGCGCUGGUAGCCAGUGCGCAGGCUUCUCCGUGCGCGCCAGAGUUCAAGGACGGCUCUCCCACGUCGAGCCAGCUCCCCGCCGACCACCAGGACUUCAUGAACAGCACGGGGGGCACGCUGGUGUUCCAGCCGGCGGAAACGGACGCCCGCCACGCCGCCAGGGUCAUCUGCCGCCAGCUGGGCUUCUCGCACCUCGAAAGAGUGUACAGAGUGGCGUUCAAGAUCUCGACGAAGACGAAGAGGAACCUGAUAUCGGCGGCUGCCUCUCCGCCCCCCCUGCCCCCCUUGCUGUCCACCAACCGGGCGUCGGGAGGGCCAGGCAGUGCCACCAAGACGGGCAUUCCGACCAUUUUGAAGUGGCGCGGCGGGAGCAUGCCCAUGGGCUGACGAGC